AUGGCGUCGGAGAUAAUGGAAGAUCUGAGGAAGUACUACUUUGAUGGAGAGGGAUCUGAGUUCGAGCUGGACUCCCUGUAUUUACAAGCUUGUAUAUCACAUGCACUUGUGAAAAAGUCCUUUCGACUAGUAGGAGGGCAAAAAUACAUCACAGAAACCUGUCAGGAUUUGAAGUUUCAAAUCUCACCUGAUUCAUUUUUCCAGGUAAACACAAAAGGAGCAGAAACAUUAUAUAACACAGUGAAGGAGAUAGCUGAAGUCUCUCCUAUAACAACCCUUCUUGAUAUCUGUUGUGGGACGGGAACUAUAAGUCUGGUUAUGGCACCACAUGUCAGAGGGACUGUGGGCAUUGAGGUUGUCACUGGUGCUGUGGAUGAUGCAAGGAUGAACGCCAAAGAAAACAAUAUGGAAAAUGCUUCCUUCUUAGCAGGCAAAGUAGAAAAGGUAAAGCAAUUCAUAAUACUCAUGGGUUUGCUUGCUACAUGAUAGCCUAAAUACUGU